GGCGUGGCCGCUGCGAAGCCAGUCGAUGGCGAUUCGACCUCGUCGCCGGUUCACAUUUUUGCGCGCGCGAGAGCUUGUACGCGCCGGUGUCACAAGCGGUCGCGAUCUUUUUACUUUCUCUUCUCGCUUAUCUGUGUGUGCGUGUGUGUUGAUUGAGAGAGAUCAGCACAUUGUCCUCUUGGCAGAGUGAUUAUUAUCAAUUUGUGAAACAGCACCACUCACACUGUCGUACGCACCCUGACACCGGUGGCAGAGUUAAGUGAGGUUUGUGUAGUUAAAAUAAUUGCACCGAGAGCACUGCCCCUGCGGGGAAGGGGACGGCAGCAGAACGAACAAGCGUAUUGAUCACCGUGGGCAGCCGUUGUCCCGCUAUCAACCUCUCAUUACCGAUUUCGAGUGGCCAUCGAACCUAUCAAGUGUGCUGCUACCAAACUAACAGAGUAUGAUAAGCCAACACACAGCGUCGGCUGCACAGUAGUAGCAGUAGGCGUGUAUGACAGGCAGUUACAUUCAGUGAGGCAGUGCACCACCACAGCGUGAUGCGGCUAGGGGUCGCCGGCAGCGCGUAGAGCAACGUUAACGAGCUUCACUUUGGAUGACCCCGUGCGAACCCGAGCGAGCGUUAGCACAAACACACACCAACACACGCAUUCAACCAAACGGCCGGGCACGCACCGAGUGAAAGGCCGAAGGCAGCCGCGGGGAAACCUGUUUGCCGAGCGACUUGCUGCCCAAAAAUGCUGGAUGCGCUCAAGUUCUUCCUGUUCGUCAUCUUGCUGCUGGUGACGAUCAUGCUGAACCAGCACGUGACCUCAAAACGGUCCGCCGAGCUGGACCUCGAGCUGCUGUGGCAGAUACAGGACACGAAGGGCGUGUACGUCAUACAGAACCAAACUGUGCCGUCGGGCGUGUACACGGCGCUGGAGCAGAGCAUGGUGAUCGGGUCCCUGCUGGAGGAGUACAACGACGUGAACACGAGCUGGGUCGGCGAGACGGACUGGACCUAUCGGACGAAUUUGUCGUGUCUAGCAGAGGACUAUAAGUAUGUGUUGCUGACGUUUCACGGCGUAGACACGUUCGCUAGCGUAUCCCUGGGCGAGCAGCUGCUAGGCACCACCGAGAACAUGUUCGUCCGGUACCGGUACGACGUGAAGCAGCUGUGUGAUGGAGACACGCACGAACUGCGGCUCCAGUUCCGCUCGCCGGUGGUUGAGGCGCGCGAGCGUGCCAAAGACCGUGCGCUACCGAUCGUGCCGACCUGCCCGCCGGACGUGUACCAUGGCCAGUGUCACGUGAACUUGAUCCGCAAGAUGCAGGCCAGCUUCGCGUGGGACUGGGGCCUGUCCGCUCCGUCGAUGGGCAUCUGGAAGCCGAUCCGGCUCGAGUACUACAGCUCGGCGCUGAUCCGCGACCUGACGGUGGUGAUCAGCGAGCUGGAGGUCAACGGUAGUGAACGGUGGUCGAUAGCAGUGCGAGUGUACCUCGAGACGGGACUGGCCAGCGCUCAGGUGCAUGGUUUGCUCACGUUCAAAAUCAUCGGUGUACCGUUUUUGAACGAGGCUGACCAAACGCUGGCGGUAACGAACAAGACGAACGAACAAGGCGAACUGCUGGUCGAGCACGGGCUAACCGUGGCCCGAAAUGCGGUGGAGCGCUGGUGGCCGAACGGGUACGGCAAGCAGACCCUGUACAGUCUGUACGUCCGGUGGGAGGACGAGGCAGUGAAUGGCGUGAAACUGCCAAACCCGGACACGAUGAUCUCGGAGAAGGUGAUCCGGAUCGGGUUCCGGACGGUGCAGCUCAGCCAGGAGCGGGCCACCGAUGGGCUGAUGUUUUACUUCAAGGUCAACGAUGUGCCGAUCUUUGCGAAGGGUUCGAACUGGAUCCCGUCCUCCGUGCUGCCGGAGCGCUCGUACGACAGCAACUACGUGAAGUUUCUGUUGUACGCGGCCCGGGACGCCCACAUGAACAUGCUGCGCGUGUGGGGCGGCGGCCUGUACGAGAGCGACCACUUCUACCGGCUGGCCGACGAGCUCGGGCUGCUCAUCUGGCACGAUCUGAUGUUCGCCUGCUCGAUGUACCCGAGCGAGCCGGACUUUCUGCGCACGGUGCAGGAGGAGGUGCGGCAGAACGUGCGCCGCAUCCAGCACCACCCGAGCGUGGCCGUGUGGGCGACCAACAACGAGAACGAGGUGGCGCUGCGCCAGAACUGGUACAAGACGAACGCGAACUACACCGCGUACUACACGCAGUACGUCGAGCUGUACGUGCGCACGGUGCUGCCGACGGUGGAGGCGAACGAUCCCUGGCGCACGGUGCUACUGUCUUCGCCGUCCAACGGCGACCAGUCGCUUAAGGAGCGGUUCAUUGCGACCAACCCGCAGGAUCCCCGAUACGGCGAUGUGCAUUACUACAACUACUUCCUGGACGGCUGGAACGCGGCCCAGUACCGUGGCGGACGGUUCGUGUCCGAGUACGGCUUCCAGUCGUUUCCCGCGUACACCAGCUGGCCGGAGGCACGGAGCUACCGGCAGGCCGAGCUGUCCCAGCUGAUCAACCACCGGCAGCACAGCCCGCUCGGCAACGCGCCCAUUCUGACGAUGAUCGAGUUGAAUCUACCGCUGCCGCGCGACCCGUCCGCCGAUGGCUACUGGCCCGAGCUGAUCUACCUCAGCCAGCUGUCCCAGGCGAUGAUCGUCAAGACGGAGACGGAGGUGUACCGGGCGCGCCGCGUCGAGCACGGCACGAUGGGCGCCCUCUACUGGCAGCUGAACGACGUCUGGAUCGCGCCCUCCUGGUCGUCGAUCGAGUACGGCGGCACGUUCAAGCUGCUGCACGUGUGGUUGCGCGACAUCUUCGCACCGGAGCAUCUGGUCGCGUUCGUCAACGAGCGCCGGCAGCUGGAGGUGGUGGCGGUGCGCGACACGCUCCAGCCCGACGUCCAGCUGUGGGACGUGGAGCUGCGCAUCCACCGGUACGGUAGCUUCCGGCUGGUCGAGCGCAUCCGGCAGGAGCGGAUCCGCGUGCCGGCGAACACGGUCGAGCUGGUGAGCACGUGGGACGUGUACGGGCAUCUGGCCAAGCAGGGGCUGCACCCGGCCGACCAUCUGGUGCUGCUGUACGCGUACCUGCAUCCGGCGGACGGGCUGCCCAGCCAACCGGCGCCGCAACCGAUCGCAGAAAACUUUGCCCUGCUGGACAAGCUGAAAAACAUCCGCCAGGAGCAGCGGGUGCAGCCGACCGUGAGCAUUAGCGUCGUGUCGGCGGUCUGCAGCGAGCAGAGCAACCUGACCAGCGUCAGCCUAGAGGUGUCGGUCAGUGCGCCCGCCCUGUUCGUCUACCUGCAGCUGACGCCGGAGAACAGCACGCUCAAGCAGUGCCAGUUUUCGCGCAACGGCUUUCUGCAGUUCCAGCCGGUGCGCACCGUGCAGCUGACGUGCGUCGAUCCGGGCUGCCGGAACAAAAUCCAGGCCAGAGACAUUACGGUACGGACGGUCAACGAGCUGCUGGUGCGCUAGGCGGAACGACCGGAGCGGUUUGCCCUUGCGUACCAACCACGUGUAGCACCCUCCUUCCCGCGCUGUGCACCGGUCGCUUACAAACAGUCAAAAGCGAAACGAAUGGUUAUAUUCAUACAGUUCUAUAUAUAUAUAUUAACUACAUCUAUCAUACCAACAAAGUUUAUAUUUAAUUAUG